UCACAGGCCACUGCCAGCAACAUGGAGAGUCAGCACUGCAUCUCUCCUGGGUCACUUUGUGCCCGGGUACUGGAAGGUACUGGUCCCCCCUCUCCAUACCCCCUCAUCCAUAAAGAGCCAUGACCCCCUCCCUGCUCUGGCCAUGCCUGGCUGUGCUGCCCCUCCUGUGCCCGGCUGUGCUGGGGACCCCUUUCCAGAAGGUGUUGGACCUGCUCGCUCCCGGAGACUCUUCUCUCAAUCUCACCUCUGUGACGGCUCUUAUAAAGCGGCUGGAGGAGCGUGUGCAGUGCGGAAACGUGUCGUGUGAAAAGUGUCUGACACCAGAAAUCCUCUUCUCUGCUGCGAAUCGAUCCUCGGAAUCAGGAUUGGAUGCGCAGGGAUUCUCUGCAGUGUCUGGAGGAUUGUUGAAUUAUGUUGCAGAUCCAGAACACGUCUGUGACAGUCAAGGGAAAUGGGUGACCAAUGUCCUGAAUACGGAAGGACGGGCAGAGGAAGUGACCCUACGUAUAUUGGCAUCUAUACUGCCUCACUAUAAGGCUGAGGACAAGCCUGAAUCCUGCCUUAAUGCUAAUGAUAUCUUGAACAUGACCUCUGACCCCAAUCACGUGACCACAGAAAUCCCGGAGGCCGUCCUCAGCACCGUUCUAGAGGGGGCCUGUGUUACGCUUCUGCCUCCUAGGGAAUACUUUCUACAUUACAUCUACAAGCAAAACACGACCCUCAGAAUGGACGUAUUUCGCUCCUUAAUGACUACGCUGAAGCUGUUGAACCAAGAUGACCACGAUCACGACCACGAUCACGACCACGACCACGAUCACGACCAUGAACACGAUCCUGACAAUAGAAAUCACGCAGAAAGCAGGAGGAGGAGACGGAGCUUAGGAGAUUCUGAAACCGCACAUGUUAUUCAUUGGGAUGAGACAUGUUUCAGCCCAGAUCAGAUCUUGGAUAUCCUUGGGGUGAAUGAGACGGUGGGGAUCUCUCCAGAGCAAUUUCCAGACAUCAGCAUCAGCCUAAUCCAACAGCAGCUCAUCGGCCUCUGCCCAAAGACCACGCCAAGCAGUGCCACUGACGGACAACUGAGCACUGCUAUGAAGUAUAUAUAUGCCAGCAUUGCCACGCUGUUGGUGUGCCUGUGCUCCCUCUUCGGCAUCACCAUCCUUCUCUGCACCACCUGCACCAGCGCCUACCAGUAUGUCAUCCAGUUCUUCGUCAGCCUGGCGGUCGGAUCUUUGACUGGAGAUGCCAUUCUGCACCUCAUCCCGCAGUUCCUGGGUCUGCAUUCACACAGCGCCACGGACAGUCAUGCCGAUCACGCAGAGGAGGAAGACCGCACUCACAUCUGGAAGCUGCUGGCAGUCCUGGGAGGUAUCUACGCCUUCUUCAUCAUGGAGAGUUUGUUCAAUAUACUGAUGGCAGAUAAGAAUGAAGAGGAAGAAGACCACAAAGGCCACUGUGACCACGGCCUGUCCCUGCAGAACUACCACCAGGAGCAGAAGAGACGGAAGCAAGAGAAACAAUCCUCAUCACAGGCAGAUCUGGUGAGCGCCGACAUCGAGAUAGAGAAGAGAACGCGACCUCCCAGGAGCCGCGAGCUGCGGAUGAUCCCGUACAUGAUCACCAUCGGGGACGCCAUACAUAAUUUUGCGGACGGUCUGGCUAUGGGAGCCGCAUUUUCAACAUCCUGGCAGGUGGGACUCGCCACCUCACUGGCCGUCUUAUGUCAUGAACUGCCGCAUGAGCUGGGUGAUUUUGCGGCUCUGCUGCACGCCGGUCUGACGGUGCGCCGGGCGUUGCUCCUGAACUUUAGCAGCGCGCUGACGGCCUUCAUCGGUUUGUACAUCGCCCUGUCGGUGGCGGCGGAUGAAGCCAUCCAGCAAUGGAUCUUCACAGUGGCCACGGGGCUCUUCCUGUACGUGGCCCUGGCAGACAUGCUGCCCGCCAUGAUGAAUGUGAAAGACCGCCGACCAUGGGUGAUCUUCCUCCUCCACAAUCUGGGUCUCCUCGUGGGCUGGACCAUCCUUCUGCUGCUGUCCAUCUUUGAGGACAAUAUCACCCUCUGAGGAUCCUCCUCCAGACAUUGUAUGGGAUCCGCCCAGCUCAGUCCAGUAUCAUGGUGGACCUCAGCUGUACCUGAAGAUACGUUCCUUCACAAGGGACUUUCUGGGCCCCAUUCAGGUGAUCAAAAAUUAGCACUUUCUGGACCCGCCCCAUGCGUGGGAUCCUCAUCCUUUGUCUUCCAAUCCUCCCUCGUCCUCAGGAUUUCACUGCUGUACUGUUUUGUGAUGAAUACAAUAAUUUAACCCCUUCAAUACUGGGCACUCCCCCUUCCUUCCCAGGCCAAUUUUCAGCUUUCAGCGCGGU